CGCGGCGAGUCUCGCCCCGCCCGCAGGCGUUGAGGGCUGUUGUAGGGCUCCGUGCGGGAACAGCAGCCCCGCGGCGGCUCUCUGCGAGCGGAGUCCUUGCGUGACCGUCCCCCUUCCUCGGCAGCCAUGGUAGUGAAAAAGAAACUCCUGCACAUCAAAGAAGCCUUUCAGUUGGCCCAGAAGCCUCACCAGAACCUGGCGAAACUUGUUGUGGGUUUGAAGAGCACCUACAAUCAGUUUGAAGAUAAGGAAGAUUUUCACGAAAAGUUCAUUAAUUUCCUUAAGUAUGCUAUGAUAAUCUACAGACGGGAACCAGCAGUGGAGCAAGUGAUAAAUUUUGUGGCAAAAUUUGUUACUUCAUUUUAUCAAAUGGAGGAAGGGGAUGGUAGUGAGGAACCAGACGAUAAUUCGCUUCUGAAUUAUGUAUUUACCUUUCUACUGGAGUCUCAUGAUGUGAACAGCCAUGCAGUUAGGUUUCGAACAUGCCAGCUUGUUAAUAAGAUUUUGGGAAAUAUGCCUGAAAAUGCUCAGAUUGAUGAUGAUUUAUUUGAUAAAAUUAAUGAAGCUAUGCUGAUUAGACUUAAAGAUAAAUUUUCAAAUGUGAGAAUUCAAGCUGUCUUGGCUCUGUCAAGACUUCAGGAUCCAAAGGAUGAAAAUUGUCCUGUUGUUAAUAUUUACAACACCUUACUUGAAAAUGAUUCAAAUUCAGAAGUGAGGCGUGCAGUGCUAUCAUGUAUUGCUCCAUCAGCAAGGACUUUACCAAAAAUUGUAGGACGCACUAUGGAUGUAAAGGAAUCUGUCAGGAAGCUGGCAUAUGAGGUUUUGGCAGAAAAAGUUCACAUGAGAGCUCUGUCAAUAGCACAGAGAGUAAAAUUGUUGGAGCAAGGACUUAAUGACAGAUCUGAUGCUGUUAAGGAGGUAAUGAAGAAGAAACUGCUUCAGUCUUGGCUACAAUUGACUGAAGGGGAUGUUUUAGAAUUACUUCAUCGACUGGAUGUGGAAAACUGCCCAGAAGUUGCUGUCUCAGUACUAAAUGCUGUAUUUUCAUUAUCUCCACUUCAUGACUUAGUUCAGAACUGUAAAAACCUUGACAGCAGAAAACUGAUCCCACUGGAAGAAUUAACAGCAGAGAACGUGUUACAUUGGAAAUGUCUUUGUGAAUAUCUAAAAUCAAAAGGUGAAGAAGGUGAAGAUUUUCUAGAACAGAUGUUGCCAGAACCAGCUAUAUAUGCAGAUUAUUUACUGAGUUACCUUCAAAAUAUGCCAGUUCUUAGUGAAGAACAAAGAGAAGACUUUAAUUGUUUUGACAACCUGAUGACAAAAGAAUUUAUAGGGCAGCAACUCAUUCUUAUUAUAGGCUGCAUGGAUACCUCAGAAGAAGGAGGACGAAAGCACCUGUUAGUUACUUUACAAAAGAUCCUCAUUCUACCUGGAACUUCCACAGCCCUCGUGUCUCUGCUUGCAGAAACAUUACUCAGUAUUGUUGAGGAUGAUGACAGAAGGAUUCAAAUUAUUGCAGAAAUCAUAUCAGAAGUUCGUGAGCCAAUUGUCACAGUUGACCUGCCUGUUGAUGCUGCUGAAAUAAGAAAGCGGGAGGUUAAGUUGGCCGAAAUAAAAGUGAGACUGUUUGAAGCAAGAGAAGCUUUGGAAGAAUGCAUUGUUCUGCAGGAUUUUAAUCAAGCAUCAGUAUUAAAAGAUAAAAUAACUGAGCUGGAAAACACAAAAUCUGAGCUGAUAAAAGCAGCAGAGCAACCUGAAAUUAAAGAAAUGCAUGUGGAGAAGAAUGAUCCUGAAACACUAUUGAAAUGUCUGAUGAUGUGUUACGAGCUUCUGAAGAUCAUGCCCCUUUCUAAAGGGAUUGUUCCAACCAUUAAUGAAAUUGCUGAAUCUCUGAUACUUCCUGGUAUAACUAAUGUCCAUCCAGCUGUGAGAAAUAUGGCAGUUCUGUGUUUGGGUUGUUGUGCCCUUCAGAACAAAGAAUUUGCCCGACAACAGCUUGCAUUGCUGUUACAGGUUUUACAAAUAGAUAAUAUAAAGGUAAAGGUCAGUGCUUUAAAGGCAAUCUUUGAUCAACUACUGCUGUUUGGGAUUGAGCCAUUUAAAGCCAGAAGAGGCAGCAACUCUGAAAAUGAAGGUGCUGAAAAUUCUGAGGAAGAAAGUAAAACGACAGAGGAAGAAGAGGCUGCUAUGAUUCACAGCCUCCUGCAGCUUCUUUCUGGCUUCUUAGACAGUGAGUUUCCAGAACUUAGGACAGUAGCUGCAGAAGGCAUGGCCAAGCUGAUGUUCUCUGGGAGACUGACCAGUGCCAAGCUUCUUUCUCAUCUUGUUCUCUUGUGGUAUAAUCCUGUGACUGAAGAUGAAGUUCGGCUUAGGCACUGUCUGGGAGUUUUCUUCCCUUUAUUUGCUUAUGCAAAUAGGACUAACCAGGAGUGCUUUGAAGAAGCUUAUCUCCCAACUCUUCAUACACUGUUAAAUGCUCCUGUGACUUCACCUUUGGCUGAAAUAGAUAUCAGUAAUGUUUCUGAACUGCUGGUAGACCUGACCAGACCCAGUGGACUGAGACCUCAGGCUAAAAAUUCUCAGGACUAUCAGGAAUUAACAGUUCAUGAUAGUUUAGCAAUGAAAAUUUGCAAUGAAAUCUUGGUGGAUCCAACUGCGCCAGAUGUUCGGAUUUAUGCAAAAGCUUUAAAUUCACUAGAACUCAGUAGUUCUUCUAAAGAGAAUCUUCUUGUUCUGCUCGAUGAGAUUCUAGAGAAAGUGAAAGACAAAUUGUGUCAAAGAGCUAUUGAGAAGAUGAAAAUGAACUUGACCAAAGAUUAUUACAUGGGCAAAGACCACUCUGGAAGGACUGAGGAAGUGGGUCUCUCUGAAAGAACACAGGAAACUGACAUCACAUCAUCUGAAAAUACUCUUCCAAAUGAAGAAGAAAACAAACAAGAGGCUCAUCAUACUCCAGUUAAUGAUGAUAAAAGUAAAGCAACUGCAAAACUGAAAUCCACAAGAAACAAAACUGGCAAAGGACAACGGAAAGCAGCAGCAGCAGAGAGGUCUGUGAGCAGAAGGAAAAGAGGCACGUCUGAAAAAUGCAGCAGUGAAAGUGGUGAUGAAAUUCCAGAAGCAGUCCCUGUGUCAAGUUCAAGGCCUCCAAGACGAGCAAAAACACUGGCAAUUGAAAAAACAAGAAUGAAUCUGUCAAGCCUUUUGGAUAAGGAAGCUGAUCAAUGA